GUGAAGCGAGAGCAUGACCAUCGUCGAUCGCUAGCAUUGGCAACUCUCACGUCCCGCCUCCCCAAAUCGGCACUGUGGGGCGGCCUGACUUUCUUGGUGGAUCGGCAUUACAAGAGAUUCUCCAUUCUCCAAAGUCCAAUCAGGCGAGACCCAUAUUAUGGUUUGUAGGUCCAGAGUCCUGGGUAGUGGCAAUGGCGGAAUGGUGGUGGAGCCUUACUGCUUUUGGGUCAACGAAGGAGGAAUGGGAUGCGGACUGGGCACACCGAAAAGUGAAGACUACCCACGUGUUCAUCGACCAAAAAACACACAGGAAUGCAAGUUGCCAUGAACGUUGUCUGGUUUAAUUUGGCCUCCUGCUGAGUGCGCCAAUUACCCAUUUAACUUCUCCGAGCUGCGUGUCCGUACUCCGUCUCUCCAGGAGGGAAUCCCACCUCACUGUGUUUUCUUGUGUAUUUUAAUAAGUGGGAAAUGGAUCCCAAUAAACGAAUUAAAGAAGAAGUCACUGGUGGUAGACUGGUACUGGUGUUAGGCAACUUGAUUUCCCGGAGGAGAUGGCCCCUUCAGCCUUUUCUUGUCAUUCUCAAAUCUCACUCAAGGCUAAUUGGUUUUGGAAGAUAAAGCAACCUCGUUCUACUCUUCAAAUGGAACAAAGAUCCAUGGUUACUCUUAGAGGUAUGAGUACUGGACUUUUUGGUCAACAGGUAGAAAGAAUGGGAAACAUGCUGCACAGUGAAUGGAGUUUCAUAGGAGGAUCAAGAGUUGUCCUCAGUUCAAAAGUUGCAAAUUUUGUUCCUCGCAGAAAAGGCCCUCGAGUAUAUGCUUCAUGGCUUACAAGUUCUCAACUUGCUAGCAGUGUUUUCACUGUGGCAACAGUUGCCGUUUUGCCAUUUUAUACCCUCAUGGUUCUGGCACCUAAAGCUGAGCUGACUAAGAGAUCCAUUGAGAGCACUAUGCCAUAUGUUGUCCUUGGACUUCUUUAUGCAUACCUCCUAUACUUCUCCUGGACACCUGAAACCAUACGGUUUAUGUUUGCAAGUAAAUAUUGGCUGCCAGAGCUGUCUGGUAUAGCAAAGAUGUUCUCAAGUGAGAUGACUUUAGCUUCUGCAUGGAUACACUUGUUGGCUGUAGACCUCUUCGCUGCAAGGCAAGUGUAUCUAGAUGGACUGGAGAAUGAGAUUGAGACCCGGCAUUCAGUUUCUCUGUGCCUACUGUUUUGUCCAAUUGGAAUUGUUACUCAUGUGAUCACAAAGACAUUGACAAAAGGAGCUCAGGAUAGUGAGCAAACAAUGUAAAAACAACACUAUUGUGCAAAAUGUUUGGAUCUUGAAUAACAAAACUUAUCUGAGAAUUCAAAUUUGAAUUUUUAUUCA